AUGGCCGAGGCCAUUCGGUCCAAGAACCUUUACGAGCUCCUCGGUAAAUUGCCCUCUUCCAUUAAUCGAGUUCUGUUGCGCUUUGGGGCGAUUCCGAUCGCCCGCACACACAAAUCGCUUCCGGAGACGACCGGCAACACCACCAACGGUAACGACCCGGAGCUCGACCCUAGUCGCCCUGCUCCCCCUCCCGCCCGGGCUGUCGACCGACCCGCCCCCCGCCAUGGCAAGCGCGAUGCUCCCAAAGAGGCGCCUGCCACUCAGCCCCGUGAGAACAACAACCGCCGCGGUGGACGUGUGACCGGUGGCAACGAUGCUGCCUUCAAGGACCGCAACGCCGGUCGUCAGAACAACCGCUCCAAGCCCACCGAUGAGGCCGAGCAGCCCUCCCGCCGUGGUGAGCGCCGCGGUGGCCGCGGUGACCGUCAGUCCCGCACUGGUCAGACCGACACUCGCAAGCAGGUCCAGCAGGGCUGGGGUGCCGAGGGUGGCGAGAAGAACUGGGACGACGAGCGUGCCGGCGAGAAGAUCGCCCAGGCCGAGGAGAACGAGCCCCAGACUCCCGCUGAGGACGCCGAGGAGGCUGACAAGUCCCUCUCCUACGCCGACUACCUCGCCGAGAAGAACGCCAAGGGUUCCCUCGCUGCUAAGCCUGUUCGCUCCGCCAACGAGGGCAGCAAGGGCGACAAGAAGUGGGAUGGCGCUAAGGAGCUGACCCACGAGGACCAGUCCGACUACAUCCAGGGCUCCACUGAGAAGAACAUCCGCCAGAAGCAGCGCAAGGAGAAGAACUUCCUCGAGGUUGACAUGCGCUUCGUCGAGCAGCCCCGCUCCGGCCCCUCCAACGGCCCCCGUGGCGGCCGUGGUGGUGACCGCGCUCCCCGUGGCGACCGUGCCCCCCGUGGUGACCGUGCUCCUCGCGGUGGCCAGCGUGGUGCCCCUCGCGGCGGUGCUCCCCGUGGCGGUGCUCCCCGCGCUGCUGCUGGUGGUGCUCCUCGCGCUGCUGGUGCCCGUGCUCCUGCCGGCCCUACCGUCGACGAGAAGAACUUCCCCAGCCUGGGUGCCUAA